GCUCGGCUCGUGUCUCUCCUGCGCGCACCAGGGCGCACGGCACACUCGCGCUCUCGGACCGAGCCCGGGUCCUCCGGAGCAGCUGCCAGCGAACAAGCCCCUCCACCCCCCCCCCCCCAGCAGCGAGACCACAUGAGCCCCGAGGCCACCUGCCCGAGGAGGUGCCCCUGGCCUCGUCUCCAGGUGUGGACCUGGGUCGAGCCCGUGGUGGCCUCCACCCAGGUAGCCGCCUCCCUCUACGACGCGGGGCUGCUCCUCGUGGUGAAGGCGUCGUUCGGAGCCGGGGCCGCCUCCAAUCACAGCGCCAGCCCGUCGCCCCGGGGGGCUCCGGAGGACGAACAGCAGAGGGCCAUCUCCAAUUUCUACAUCAUCUACAACCUCGUGGUGGGCUUGACGCCCCUGCUGACGGCCUACGGGCUGGGCUGGCUCAGCGACCGCUACCACCGCAAGAUCUCCAUCUGCGUGUCCCUGCUGGGCUUCGUGCUCUCCCGCCUGGGGCUGCUGCUCAAGUUGCUGCUGGACUGGCCCGUGGAGGUGCUGUACGGGGCGGCGGCGCUGAGCGGGCUGUGCGGCGGCUUCUCGGCGUUCUGGUCGGGGGUCAUGUCCCUGGGAUCCCUCGGCUGCUCCGAGGGCCGCCGCUCCGUGCGCCUCAUCCUUAUUGACCUGAUCCUGGGCUUGGCGGGAUUCUGCGGGAGCAUGGCCUCUGGACAUCUCUUCAAGCAGAUGGUUGGGGGCUCCAGGCAGGGUCUGGUGCUGACAGCCUGCAGCGUGAGCUGUGCCGCUUGUGCCCUUUUGUACAGCCUCUUGGUCCUGAGGGUCCCCGAGUCCAUGGCCAAGCACAGCAAGGCACCCCCUGCCGUGGAUACUGUGUCUGGCACGGUUGGCACAUACCGCACCCUGGACCCUGAUGAGCUGGACAAGCCGAGUGUGGUGGAGCACCCUCCAUCUCCUGGGAAAGCAAAGCCCCCAAAAACCAUCAUUGCCUUGCUCUUUGUGGGUGCCAUUCUAUAUGACCUGGCAGUGACGGGCACAGUGGACGUGAUACCCCUUUUUGUGCUGAGGGAGCCUCUCAGUUGGAACCAAGUGCAGCUGGGCUAUGGUAUGGCUGCAGGGUACACCAUCUUCAUCACCAGCUUCCUGGGCGUCCUGGUCUUCUCCCGCUGCUUCCGGGACACCACCAUGAUCAUGAUUGGGAUGGUCUCCUUUGGGUCAGGAGCCCUCCUCUUGGCUUUUGUGAAAGAGACAUACAUGUUCUAUAUUGCUCGAGCCAUCAUGCUGUUCGCUCUCAUCCCCAUUACAACCAUCAGAUCAGCAAUGUCUAAACUCAUAAAGGGCUCCUCCUAUGGAAAGGUGUUCGUCAUCCUGCAGCUGUCGCUGACUCUGACCGGGGUGCUGACAUCCACGAUGUACAACAAGAUCUAUCAGCUCACUAUGGACAAGUUUGUCGGCACCUGCUUUGCUCUCUCCUCCUUUUUGUCCUUCCUGGCCAUGGUCCCAAUUGGCAUCGUGGCCUAUAAACAAGCCUCGCAGUUGCAAUAUGGAGACAUCACAGAGACAUGAAGGUGCUGACUUGCGGGAGCUGAAAACCCCAGCAAUGACCGGGACCAGCAACUGGUGACCAAGACAGCCCAGCCCACUGCCCAAGAAACCCAAGUUCCAGCCCGAGUCAGCCUCAGAAUGACCCGCUCUGGCUCAGGGGUCCCUGGUGGGUAGAGAAAAGCACUUUCUUGGUGAUGGAAGAACUUUCUCAGCUUUCAGACAUCCCUGUUAGGCAGAAGUUAGGUUCUGUGGGCAAUGGAGUAUGAACUGUCAAGGGUUAUACACUGCCAUACCGGAUGCUAUAAAGGGCUUCAGACAGCAGCCCUUUCCUUCCAGGCACUGUCUCAGGGCUCCAAGGUAUGGCUGACUAGUCACCUGGGUGCUGUGCUAGGAGUCCCCUGUGAGAACUCAAACCAAGGCACACAUUUUCCACAGCCUGAGGGGAAUGAGGAAGGGAUGUUUUGUAAGAACUGCCAACUGUGAACAUCAGUCAAGACUUUUUAAAUUAAAAUAAAACCUUGGAAAAAAGUUACCUUUCUUCCCUGAGGCCUUGUGAGCUGUGAACACUCAGGAGAGAUUUGGAGCUCACGCUCUUGGCUUCAGGGUAGUUUUGUUGUCAUUGUUACUGUUGUUUUUAAAGAGCAAAUAUCAAAACCUUUUCUUUAGUGGAAUAUUAAAUUGAAUACUUUCAGUCAAUAAUACUUCCCAAAGUGAAUGGUGUGAGCGAAGAGGGAAGAGGAGAUAUGUGAAGAGCCAUUUUAUUUUGAGGUACUUAUUUUUAUAGCCUAUUUUACUUACAUGUAUAAAAGCAGAAUCACCUCCUAAAUAAAUCAACAUUCGUAGUAUGUGUGUGAAUCAUUCUUUCCCAGGUCAGAUUCGCUCCAUAACUACAGACAUGGCAUUCUUAUA